CCCCCAGCACCCAUAGGCUCUGAGAAGAGGCGUCCGUGCAGCUACCUGGUGACAGUAACCAUGAAGUGGGGCUGGGUGUUGGUAGGAGUCUUCCUUACUUUGGGGACCUUGUCCUGGGGUGAUACGGGCUUGGAGAUCCCAGAGUAUGAUGGCAAAGACCGUGUCCAUACCCUCACUCUCAAGAACUACAAGUCCAUCAUGAAGAAGUAUGAUGUGAUGGUGAUCUACUACCACAAAAAUGUGGAUGGGAAUCGUAGUGCCAUGAAGCAGCUUCAGAUAGAGGAGCUGGCUCUGGAGUCGAUCACAAGAGAAGCAGCGUUUAUCGUUCAGCUCGCAGCCCAAGUUCUGGACGAAUUUGAUGACGAGGACAUUGGCUUUGGCCUGGUGGAUCAAAAGAAGGGUUCCGCUGUUGCCAAGAAGCUGGGUCUGGAUGAAGUGGAGAGCAUCUUCAUAUUUGUAGAGAAUGAGAUAAUUGAGUAUGAUGGAUUGCUGGCUUCAGACACCAUCGUUGAGUUCCUGUAUGAUGUGAUUGAGGACCCCAUUGAAGUCAUCGAAAAUGAGCGGGAGCUGAAGGCUUUCCACGCCAUGGACGAAGUCAUGAAGCUGGUCGGCUACUUUAAAAACGACAAGUCCAGUCAUUUCCUCGAGUACGAUGAUGCUGCGGAAGAGUUCCACCCCUUCGUCAAAUUUUAUGCAACAUAUAACCCCAAGAUUGCCAAAAAGCUGAAACUGAGGAUGAAUGAGGUGGACUUUUAUGAGCCGUUCAUGAACGAGCCUGACCCCAUCCCUGGGAAGCCCUACAUCGAGUCUGAGCUGGUUGAAUUUAUUGAACAACAUGACAGGCCUACUCUGAGGAAGCUUGAGCCUCACAGCAUGUAUGAGAUCUGGGAGGACGAUAUUGAUGGAGAACACAUUGUUGCUUUUGCCGAGGAGGAGGAUCCAGAUGGUUUUGAGUUCCUGGAGAUCCUGAAGGAAGUGGCACGUGAGAACACAGACAACCCCAACCUCAGCAUCAUCUGGAUCGACCCCGAUAAUUUCCCUCUGCUGGUUCCCUACUGGGAGAAAACGUUCGGCAUCGACCUCUCCUCUCCUCAGAUCGGCGUGGUUGAUGUCGCGGACGCUGACAGCGUGUGGAUGGAGAUGGACGACGACGACGACAUGCCCUCCGCUGAUGAGCUCGAGCAAUGGAUUGAUGAUGUCUUAUCUGGAAAGAUUGAUCCAGAUGAUGAUGAUGAUGAGGAUGAGGACGACGAUGAUGAUGAUGAUGAUGAUGACGACGAUGACGACGAUGAUGACGACGAUGAUGACGAUGAUGAUGAUGAUGAUGAUGACGACGAUGACGACGAUGAUGAUGACGACGAUGAUGAUGACGAUGAUGACGACGAUGAUGAUGAUGAUGAAGAUGAUGAUGGUGAAGAUGAUGAUGAUGACGACGAUGAUGACGAUGAUGAUGAUGACGACGAUGAUGAUGACGAUGAUGAUGAUGACGAUGAUGACGAUGAUGAUGAUGACGACGAUGAUGAUGACGAUGAUGAUGACGAUGAUGAUGAUGACGAUGAUGAUGAUGAUGACGAUGAUGAUGAUGACGAUGAUGAUGACGACGAUGAUGAUGACGAUGAUGAUGAUGACGAUGAAGAUGAUGAAUAAAUGUGUACAACAGUCCAUCAAUCAAAGCUGCUGAAAGCAGAACCCCAACGCAGAACCACCUAACCUGAACAUCUUGCAGAGGACAGACUCGUCUCUUUGCUUUAUGUUUUCUCACAUGGGACAAAAGUAACGACCUGGAAGACGCCACCAUGAGGGGAGGAGCUUUUCUGAGGACCGCCCUCUCUGGCGACGAGCAGGGCUGCAGCUUAGAAUGAUAGGCGUACGUGUCCUCGCCUCUGGUGAUCACAACGUGAAGCCACCAGAGCUAACGCUCCCAAACCGUCUCGGUUUAACGCCGCAUUUUCUUCAAUUUACUUUUUUAUCCUCUGUCACAUUUUCUACUUGUUGAAGAGAAGAAACACUGUUUAAGGAAAUAAACCUAAACUCACUGGACA